CUGCGGUGCUGGUAUUUAGAGCGCAGCGGCUGACGGGCCGGGUUGCUUUCGUGUUUGCCGCCGCCCGCUUCUGUGUCCGUUUGCCCGUCGUCCUUGCCCCGCCGCGGUUCGCCCAACUAGCCCCCGCCCCGCCCGCAGAUAUGUCCGAGACCAAGAACGGCCCCGAGUAUGCUUCGUUCUUCGCCGUCAUGGGCGCCUCGUGCGCCAUGAUCUUCAGCGCCCUGGGUGCCGCCUAUGGCACAGCCAAGAGUGGCACCGGCAUUGCAGCCAUGUCUGUCAUGCGGCCGGAGCUGAUCAUGAAGUCUAUCAUCCCAGUGGUCAUGGCGGGCAUCAUCGCCAUCUACGGCCUAGUGGUGGCAGUCCUCAUCGCCAACUCCCUCAAUGAUGGCAUCACCCUCUACAGGAGUUUCCUUCAGCUGGGCGCUGGCCUGAGCGUGGGCCUGAGCGGCCUGGCAGCGGGCUUUGCCAUCGGCAUCGUGGGCGACGCUGGCGUGCGGGGCACUGCCCAGCAGCCCCGGCUGUUCGUGGGCAUGAUCUUGAUCCUCAUCUUCGCCGAGGUGCUUGGCCUCUAUGGGCUCAUCGUGGCCCUCAUCCUGUCCACCAAGUAGCCCCUCUCCGAGCCCACCAGCCACAGAAUAUGACGUAAAGACCGCCCCCUCAUUCCGGAACGAACAGCCUGACACACACGCACGGGCAGCUGCCCCCUCCGUAGUGGUCUUGUAAAUGCGCAGUGUCCUAGUGCCCAUCGUCUGUUGCCCCCGCCUGGCCCCUGCCGCCCCGUGCUGUGGACAUCUGGGCCCACUCAUCUCCCAGCCACGUCCCUGACAGUGAGGAUGCAGGCCUCCGGCCGCCCCUCUCAUCACCCUAGAGUGCUGUGUAUAAGGAUGAAUUAGUUGUCAUUUUUCUCUUCACUGGAUGUUUAUUUAUAAAGAUUGACCUGUUCAUGCGUCUGUGGAGCAGCCCUGCCUCCCAGCUAUAUAGUAACCUUAGUAGAGUGUUGCCUUGUGGGGUUCCCGACGCUGAGACUCCUUGGAUGGAGCCGCUCUCCCUCCGGCUGCGGGCUGCCAGGCUGGCGGGCAGAGUGCCGGCCUCCAGGCCCCGGCGCCGAGCUGUGUCCAAUAAAGUUCUCGGAUGUGA